UCAAUUUAAUUUAAUCUUCGUAUAUCUUUCCUUCAAUUUUCCGAACAUUUACAAACUCUUGUCAGUCCAUCUCUCCCACUUUCUCAUCUAGACCGUACGAUGUACAUGAAAUUUUUGGAAUUUCGGUCGUUAUAUUAACCUGGGUUUCUGAUUGUAUAUUUAAACCCAGUUUAAGGAGAUUGGAAACGCUGUCAUCCCACGAGCUGAAUUGGCUUUCCGGUUAGUAACGAUUGAGGCUUUCAGACACUAUGUAAUUGGUUGCCUACAGCGCAUCGAAGGUGUUCAAUACAAGAGAAAUACAUUGCAGUUCAAUAUAUGUCUCGUGAUUAAGCCAAAAGCGACUAAUAGUCGGGAUGAUAUUUCACAUUGGCAGUUCUGGGACGAUCAUUCAGCUGGUGGUUUGAGACCUAAUGUUCAAGCAGCGUACGAGGCGUUAACACUAAAGAUUAAUCGAUAUUUUUAUGCCUUAGAAGAACAAUGUGGGUUUCUGUCUCGUUCAUUAGGACAUCAUGAAGGUGUAGACAAAUGUGUAAAAUUGCUCUGCCUUGAAUCAAUUUACAAACAGUUACAUGAAUCCGGAAUGUGUAUUCUUUCUUUUCCAAACAGUGGAUCUUUAUACUUACGGUUUAGUCCUAGACAGGAUCAUGGAUCAUAUAGUAAUUUGUCAUUCGAUAUGUUUGAACUGGUCUCCGAGGAAAUUCUAAAAGAUGAUAAUGUUGAUAAUAAUGAUUGUGGAUUAGAAUUCGGUCGAAAGAUUCGACAAUUCAAUCUUCAUCAUAAUAAUCAAGUCGUUUUUCCUAAUUUCAAUCCUCAAAGUGAAUCAGAAAUUACUGAUAAUUGUGUAUUCGUUUUAAUCGCUUCUCCAACCUAUCAUCGUCAAUCUAAAAUGGGUUACAAUUUGAAUGGUGGAUGGAGACCGUUAGACGCUGUUGCUCAACGUGUUCUACCGUAUAUUAAUGGUAGACGACGUUUAAUUGAAUUGGCUCAGUUAGCUCAACUAGACGUAGCCAUAGCUCGUCUAUGUUUAAUUGAGCUUGCUCGGAUAGGAUUAGUUCGUGCUUUACCAUUUCCUACAUUUAUAAUGCAACUUCUUCAAGCUGAUAAGUUUUCCAAUUCAACACUUAUUCCUGGAUGGUUGGGUUUACCACGACUGGUCAAUCUGCUUACAGACCCUUCUCUUAGUAAGAUGUGCUUGUCGACUGUGAUGGUGCAUAAUUCAAGCCGUUAUAAACCAUCGAGUAUAUGCAUUCACGAUAUUUUCCGUCUGUAUACAAUCCUUUGUGCGUCUUCCAAUUUUAGUUUAUCAUAUUUAAUUUCAGCCAAUCCACAUAUUCGAUUUAUUGAAUGUUCAUCUUAUAUCAAUUCAUCUACAUCAUCAUACCAUUCCCUUCCAUUCGUACGAUCAUCAAAAAUUUGUAAUUGUUGUACAUCUUACCGUCGAACAGAUUAUCAUCGUUGUAAAAUUAGUCUAUUAAGUCUUGUACAAUUUGGUGAAGUGAAUGGGUUAAUAAGACGAAUUCAAUGUUAUCCUAUAAGUGAUAAACUAGAAUUGUCUGCUGAACAACAAAUUAAAUAUCGAAUGUCGUCGGUUAUGCCAUCAAAAGAAGUAACUUCUACAAUGACAACAACAACAUCAGCUGUCACCACUACCAGUAGUAGUACUAGUUACAAUGCAAAUAUACAACAGCAAUUAGUACAAAAUCAAACUAAAAAUUCUUCAUCUUUAUUACGGCAUAAUUCACGUAAAUUUAUUAAAAAAUCACAAAUAAUUAAUGAACAGACAUGGUCUAUUUCAAAAUCUAUGCUAAUGGAUGGUCAGCAUAGUUUAGAUUCAAUUAUGACAUUUUUAUUAACAAACAAUGAAAGUACAACAAAAUAUUCUUCAUCUGGUUAUUAUAAAAUUCCAGAUUAUAUUAGUGAUUCAUUAUAUUUAUAUCGUUUUGAUGAAGGAUGUCUUAGUCGACAAACAUCGCAUCAUUGUGAUCGUGAUUUAUCUUUGUUCAAUAAAAUUAAAACUUCAAAUAGUUUUAGUCCAGAUGAAAUUAAUUUUAAUAGUAAUAACAACACUAAUAAUGGUAAUCAAACUGUUGAAGAAAUUUUUAUACAUGAUCGAAUAUGGUCUAAGUCAGAAAAGAGUAUGACAUUUGUAGAACCUUUAAAUUUGGAUAAGAUAAAUUUUACACUACCUGAUCUUUAUUGGAUGUGGCGUUGAAAUGACUAUUGAUUCUGUAAAAUUUAUCAUAUUAAAUUCCCUACUUUUUCAAUUCAUUCCUCCAAGGCUCAUUCAUUUAUUGCAAAAGUGUGAUAUUGUACAGUGUAAAGUUACCAAAUCAAAUGUUGACACGAUUCAUUUAUUUUCCACUCUUAUGUAUUUUGUCGCUUAACACAACUCUCCUUCCUAAUCGCAUUGUUAUCUGUUAAUUUUUGUAUCGAUCUCUGUUUAUUUAUUCAGUAAGAAAAAAAACAUUUAUUUGAUUCUCCUUGAUCUUCAAAUCACUUCAUUAAUUUGUGAGAAACAUUUUUAAAUGUGGAAUAUUUAUUAUAGUAUCAGUUAUAAAGCCUCUAAAUCAAUGUAGAAUUGUCAAAAAGUACUGAAUGAAAAGAAGUUUUUCCUUGCCCAAUCUAUUCACAUCGAUAUUUGUCUAAAUUUAUUAUCUUUUGAUAUGCAGUAAAAAUUAUGACAAUAAACACCCAAACUAUGUAGAGCUACACUUCUGGCGUGCUUUUAUAGAAAGUCUCUUGUUAAUCUUAUGCUUGUGUAUUGACAUAAGAUCAAUCGUUCUUUCAUCUUAAUAACUUGCUCAAACCUCUAGGUCACUUAUUUUUCAAUGUUUGUACAUAAUUUAAUAGAUCUCAUUUCCAACUUACUUUAACUAAUUUAAGAUGUAUGUUAACCUCAUACUUUUUGUAAACGAUAAAAAAGCAUACAGCUUAUGGUGAUGUUAAUUAUGUUACUGCAAGACUCAAGUAGAAACACCUUGAAAUUAAGUUUAUUUCAUAUCUUUUAAAGGAAUGAGACACGUUGAUAUUAAAAUCCCUGGAUAUAUGGCAGAAUAUAAAAUGAUCGAUAAUAACGUUUGACAAACAUGUUUGCAGUUUGAGUUACUGUCUAAGGAUUAUUUUGUUGUCAUGUUGUAUAUUUUACCUGUGACUGUUUUUCUCGUAACGAAAAUGUACAAUUGAGUAAAACGACUAUUACUACUGGUUGAAUCAUUUUAUAUCUGAUAAAAAUUUGCCCAUUGAACUAACUAUUUGUGUAUUAAAUAAACAAAUCCAUGUUUACCCA